AUGAAACUGGAUGCCAAAACACUUCGAUAUAUGACUCCGGAUGAAUUCCGUGUUCUGACAGCGGUUGAAAUGGGUUCAAAAAAUCAUGAAAUAGUCCCAUUAUCUUUAAUUGCUCAAAUUGCCGGUCUUCGUCAUGGUGGUAGUCAUAAAAUUAUUGGAGAAUUGGCAAAGAAGAAUUUGGUAUCCAAAAUCAAAAAUGCAAAAUAUGAAGGAUAUAGAUUGACUUAUGGUGGAUAUGAUUAUCUCGCUUUAAAAACUUUUGUAAAACGUGGAAGUGUAAAUUCUGUAGGCAAUCAAAUUGGUGUUGGAAAAGAAUCUGAUAUAUAUAUUGUUGCUGAUGAAAGCGAAAAUCAACUUGCAUUGAAAAUACAUAGACUUGGACGCGUUUCUUUUCGUGCUAUAAAAGCAAAACGUGAUUAUCUUCAAAAACGUAAAUCAGCAUCGUGGAUUUAUAUGUCACGAUUAGCUGCAAUGAAAGAAUAUGCAUUUAUGAAAGUUUUAUAUAAUAAUGGAUUUCCUGUACCGCAACCAAUUGACCAAGUUAGACAUUGUGUUGUGAUGGAAUUAAUAGAUGCAUAUCCACUUCGUCAAAUAACAGAAGUAAAAGACCCAGGCAAACUUUAUUCUGAUUUAAUGAAUUUAAUAGUAAGACUAGCAAAACAUGGUCUCAUACAUGGAGAUUUUAAUGAGUUUAACAUUCUUGUGAAAGAUAAUGGAGAUCCUAUAUUAAUUGAUUUUCCUCAAAUGGUUUCUAUAUCACAUACUAACGCCGAAUGGUAUUUUAAUCGAGAUGUUGAAUGUAUCCGUACUUAUUUUCGCAAGAGAUAUAAUUACGAGAGUAUGUUAUAUCCAAAAUUUCAAUUAGAUGUAAACUAUGAAUUUGAUUUAGAUGUUCAAGUUUCUGCUAGUGGAUUUACUAAACAACAUCAACAAGAAUUAGAAGCGGUAAAUAAGAAACAGAAUUUUUGA